UUGCAUUUUUAUAUUUAGAUAGUAUAAUUUUAAAAAUUGAUUGAGUAUGGAUAACUGUGAUAAUGUGUGGAAAGGUCGUGCAUUGGGACCAUAUGGACCUCCCUCAUAUGUAUCGACAAAUACGAAAACACCCUUCCCGGAACUUUAUGUAUCCGUGUUGCUGUCUGCGUGCACCGCUGAAAUAAUUGGUUAUCCCUUCGAUGUGUGCAAGACCCGAAUGCAUAUUCAAGGAGAGAUCGCAAGUAAAACGGACACUCCGGUUAAGUAUCGCGGCAUGGUGGCGACUGCCAUGGGCAUUAUCAGAGAGGAGGGAAUCCAUAAACUUUAUGGCGGCAUCUCGGCCAUGGUCUUUCGACAUUCGGUCUUCACCGGUCUCAAGAUGUACUUAUAUGACUCGCUGCGCGAAAAAAUGAUUGUUAUUGAUAAGGAUGGUAAAUCACAAUUGCCAUUUCUACGUGGCGCCGCUUGUGGCGUUUUGGCGGGCGCUGGAGCCAAUAUGGUAUCCUCACCCACGGAUCUCAUCAAAGUACAAAUGCAGAUGGAGGGCAAGCGACGUCUAAUGGGUAAACCACCCAGAAUUCACAAUAUCUUCCAGGCACUUACCUCAAUAUAUAAUAAUGGUGGCAUUCGCGGCUUGUGGAGGGGCACGGUGCCAAAUUGCACGCGAGCAGCUCUGGUCACAAUGGGCGACGUCGCUUGCUACGAUCAGAGCAAACGUCGUCUUAUGGUGCUAUUGAACUCUCCCGAUAAUCGACUCAUACAAUUUUUAUCGGCGAUGUCAGCCGGAUUUGCGGGGGCUGUGCUUUGCACACCCGCAGACGUGGUCAAAUCCCGGAUCAUGAAUCAGCCGACGGAUGAAAAGGGUCGUGGCCUGCACUACAAGGGCAUGAUUGACUGUUUUUCCAAGCUGGUGCGAGAAGAGGGCGUUACCGCGAUGUAUAAGGGCUUCUUACCCUUUUGGUUGCGAGUCGGUCCCUGGGCCAUGGUCUUUUGGACGACCUUUGAACAGAUCCGACGUUCCCGUGGUGAUGAGGGAUAUUAAAUGAAUCAAAGUGCGCUUCGAAAUUUCUGUUCAUGUCAAAUUUAAUGUGAAGUAUUGUUAUUAAAUCACAUUUUA